AUGGCCGCCUUAGCGACCACUGUCCUCGUUUCUCUCCUCUCCGUCGUCAACGCCCAGGCUGCUGCUGCCCCGGCUCCUGCGGCUGCCAGCACUAGCGCCGCUCCUGCCGGUGCUGCUGCCGCUGCCCCCAACCCCGCCAUCACGGUUGCGAUUGAUCCGUCGCUUCCUCAGAGUGCCGCCCAGACCGGUCCCCAGGGCUUUGUGAUUCCGUCGCUCUCGGCCCUGACUUCCGGCGCCCCGACCGACAAGACGGUUGCCCUGCACACGACCUUUGCGGUGGGCGCCACUCCGUCCGUCAGCUCUGCUCCUGCGAUCCCCACCACGCCCAAGUCCACCGACUACCCUCCUCUCGAUGCCAUUCCUGAUGUCAACUCGCCCGAGGUCAAGAAGUGGGUAAGCGAGAUCGACUGGGACAAGGUGCCCAAGUACGGCGUCACUACGGGCGAGUGCGCUUCGUCGCCCGAGGCUACCAAGGACGGCCGUUGUUGGUGGACCUGUGGCGGCUGCACCCGCGACACCGACAUCACUGUCUGCCCGGACCAGUACACCUGGGGUCUUUCGUACGACGACGGACCGUCGCCCUACACGCCUCUCCUCCUCGACUACCUUGAGGAGCAGAAGAUCAAGUCCACGUUCUUCCUCGUCGGUUCGCGUGUCGUCUCGCGACCCGAGAUGGUCGUUUCGGAGUACAUGCUCGGCCACCAGCUCUCGAUCCACACCUGGUCGCACCCUUCGCUGACCAAGCUUACGAACGAGGAGAUUGUCGCCGAGCUCGGUUGGACCAAGAAGGCUAUCAAGGACGUCGUCGGUGUCACGCCCAACACCUUCCGCCCUCCCUAUGGUGACCUCGAUGACCGUGUGCGCGCGAUUGCCGCUCAGAUGGGUCUCACUCCUGUCAUGUGGACCGACUACCAGGGCACGACGUUUGACACUGACGACUGGCGCAUUGUCGGCGGCACGGCUUCCGGUCCCUCGUCGCUGACCAAGUUCCAGCGCAUCCUGGACGAGUACGUGCCCAAGCUCGACACGGGCUUCAUCGUGCUCGAGCACGACAUCUACAGCCAAACUGUCGAUCUCGCCGUCGGCUACUUCCUCCCCAUGGCGAUCGCGAGCGGCAAGUACAAGAUGAAGUCGAUCAUCGAGUGUCUCGGCCUCGGAAACGAGGAGGCGUACAUUGAGACCUCGUCCAACACGACCAACACCCUCAUCCUCUCCGCCACCGGCACCGGAACCGUGUACCAGGCCUCAGUCGGCAGCGUCACCGGCUCCGCGCCCGUUGUCACCGCUAGCAGCGGCAACAAGGACGCCAAGGCCACGGGAUCCGAGGCGGGCAAGGAGAACGCGAGCGGCGCCAACGCCCUCGCGGCGUCGCUCAGCGUCGCCCUCGCCGCGCUCGUCGCCGGCAUCGCCUUCUUCUAA